AUGAAGAACCGAUUUGAAAGUCAGCGAAAAAAUAAUGAAAAAAAGAAAAAGUCCAGCGCAUCUAAGAAGAAACAAAGUACCAAAAAUGAUGCCUCGUCUGAUAAGUAUGGGCCUCUUGCCCAUUUGGAUUUCCCUAAGGGAAAGGGCCAUCAUGCUUUCGGCGGUGAGAUGCAACCUGGUAUGUUCGGAAGUGUCAAGGACCGAAAGGUCGCGAACCCAGCGCCGCUGGGUCUUUGCGGCGUUGCUUUUUCUACAUUUAUUGUCUCUCUCAUUAAUGUUGGCACUUUAGAUCUAAAGAACUUCUCAGUAUUGGUGUGUAUUGGAUUUGUGUACGGGGGGCUCAUCCCAAUUCUUGCUGGUAUGUGGGAGAUGGCAAUUGGAAAUACUUUUGGUGCUACAACCUUCACGUCGUACGGGGCAUACUGGAUAUCAUAUGCACUUCUCGUCAUGCCCUCGCAAAGUCUCAAUAUUAUGGAGGCAAUAAAAAAGGCUGAGGGUGGGCAUGGUGAAUUGCAGACCAUUGGCCUAUAUUUCAUGGGCUGGUUUAUAUUCACCACAUUGAUGAUGAUGCUAACUCUCAAGUCAACAGUUGCAAUGUUUCUCAUGUUCUUUUCUUUGGAUUUAAGUUUCUUUUUUUCUGGCGUUUCGCACCUGUAUAACGAUGGAAUCAGCCCUCAUAUUCCGCUAUUGAGACUUGCAGGUGCAUUUGGUCUAGUUUCUUCCUUUUCAGCCUGGUACAAUGCUCUCUCAGGCGUUGCUGACAACACCAAUUCGUUCUUUGUUGUUCCUGCUCUCCGCUUCCCAUGGACAAGUGGUUACCGUCAAAAAAAGCUCGACAAGAGUCAAAACGCGUAA